CAUAUUGCACAUAUAUUAUUAAAUAUUUAAAAAUUUAUUAAGAAAUUAUCAAAAAAACAUUAAAAUGUAUUUGGAUCCCAACAGAGCCCUAUAGUACUAGGCCAAUACUGCAUCAAACACGGGUCUAUCGAGGCAGUCACGUGGUCCGCUGCACGUGUGUGACUUCUGUCUGCUAUUUCCAACAUGACAAUUGACCUUUUUAAAUUUCUUACAAGAUAUAGUAACGCAAAAUGACAUGAAAUGCCUUUCUGUAUGAAUCUACUAAUGAAAUGUCUAAGUAAAAAUAAAUUUUGCUGUAAUUAUUAUUAUAUCUUAAAGAGAGAUUCCAUCAGUAGCGUGAUAAAAAACUUCUGCAAAAUGAGUUCGGACAAUCAUAAUGUUUAUGACAAUAACGAUGAUAGGCCCAAAACGCCACUAAAGGAAGAUUGUUGCGGUAGUGGCUGCACACCAUGCAUCUUUGAUGUACACGAAACGCUGCUAAAGGAAUGGGAAAGUGGAAAGACACGUGCAAAAGUAAAACCUGCAGGCAAUUUAUUAUCUCUUUUAUCUUACAAAGCAUUUGUUAUCACAGAUAUAUCCGAUGCAUCAAAAGAUUGUUUCUUAAUGAGUUUAGAAUAUCCAGAAGACAAAAUAGAAAACAAUGUUGGUUUGCAUCUCACACCUGGCCAGUAUGUCAUGCUACAUUCUGGAGGCAAAUCCCGACCUUAUACUCCAAUUGUUUGGACAUGCAGGAGUUUAGUUUUUUUAAUAAAAUUUUAUCAAUAUGGUGAAUUCAGUUUACUUUUAAAAAAUGCAUCAGUUGGUAGGACAAUUGACAUCAGAGGUCCUUACGGAGAUUUCAAGUAUGAAAAUAACAGUUUUAGACACAUCAUCAUGUUUAGUAUUGGUUCGGGAAUAGCAGCACUUUAUCCCGUGGCUAAAGCUAUCGUCGAUAAUGAAACGGAAUUGACAAGAAUACAUCUUGUUGCGGGAUUUAGAUCAAUAGCACACGUACCUUUGAAAAAAGAAUUAAUGCAUUUAGCAGAUUAUUGGAAUUUUAAAUGUACAUUACAGUUAUCUCAACUAAAUGACGAGACAGUCAACCUUCAUGGUUUUAAUAUAAACGCUGGCCGUUUAAGCAAAGCACUUGUCACUGAUUAUAUUCAAUCUAAUGAUACAGAGACAACAUUAAUUUUAAUAUGCGGAACUUCAGAGUUCAAUCAGUCCAUGAAAGAAUGGUCUCGAGAUAUGAAUUAUACACAUGUAUAUAUAUUUGAGUGAAUGUUUAAAGUUUAGGGGAUUGAGUCAAU